AUGAUGACCUCAUAUCAGUCCAAUUUCAUGCCUUCCCAACUCUUGGAAAGCACGCUGUUUCUGCAAACCGCGAUCCCCUGGACCCCGUCGAAAGCAAUUCGACUCGUCAACCAAAACCGAGACAUUGACGAGUCCUCUACAUCUCAAAACAACUCAAUCCACACAAUCCCAGCUGACUGGGUUGUAUCCGCCUCGGGGGCCACCAAUUCCCAAUAUGCGAUGCUCCACUCAUACUCGCCCCGAGCAAUCCCUAUCAACUCAUUUACGAACGAAUGUGGCCAGUUUGGGUUCACCAACCAAGUCCUAAACACAGCUGCUGCGGUCCCCAGUGCGUCGACGGGAUGGUCCCGGUGUCUACAACUCGUCGAGACAGGGAAUUCUGUUGAUGAUAUCCUAGCCACGAGUGACAGGUGGCCACCAGAGUCUUUUUCUACUGUGAGGCGACUCCAAAAGCAAACCAUGACUAUCGCCGAGUCAACGAAACAUUUCCAACUCAAGGCGACGCAUGUCUACUCAGUUAGCAUGUAA